ACAUCUGUCUGCUAAAGAGAGACUGGAAAACCUGUGCUGAGAAAAAGUAGAGAAAAAAAAUACUGUGAAAUAGUGGGGGGAAAAUGGAAGGAUGAGGCCUCCAUUCACAGCUGGGCUGCGCUAUAUAGAACACGUGCGUCGGAGAAAUAGCAUUUCCUGAGGGAGGAGAGAGGAUGGAGAGAGCGGUGAAAGAGAAACAGAUCAACGAGAAGGAGGAAGGGAGAGAUUGUGUGGGUGCAGUAAGCCACAGACAUGGCAUUGGUCCAGUCCCUUCCAGUGACUACUGACCACCAACCACCAGGUCUGGAGAGCCGUAGACAGCGUUCUUCUCCUGUUUCACCACCUUCUCUAGUGGGCAUGGGCUCUGUAAGUAGUAUGAUCCCCAGCCACACCGCAUACCACAGCCGGAACAACCUAGAGGUCACGGCUCAGCUCCGCCGGGGUACACCGGGUUCAGGGCGACUCCUCUCCGAUUCCUCUCAUGAAGGAAUUUUUGCAAGUCAAACACCGUCCAGCAAGAGGAAGGCCAUAGCAGCUCGAGGGAAAGGAAUUGUUGGGCGAUCAUAUUCACAUGAAGAUUUGAUCACUGAUUGGAAUGACAACUGGUUUGAUUCAGGUCAGAGUGGAGGGGAAACAGGUGUGGAUGGGCCUCCUAAACUGGUGCCUGUUUCUGGUCAGUUAGAGAGGAACGUACAGCAGGCCAUCAUCCGACCAACAGCUUUCAAGCCUGUUGUGCCAAAGAGCAGAAAUGGUAUGCAGUAUCUGUCACCACGCAGAGGUGGAGGCUUAUCGGGAAGCCAGGGAAACCUCAGGGCGCUCUCUCCAGAACAAGAUGCAGUCAGCCCAGUAACCACAGAAAGACGCAGCUCCUACAGUGGAGCUCGAAAUGGCUUGUUCAGUCAGUCCUUCACUAUGACGGACUCGGGGCAGAACUCAUUAACCAACCUGAAUGCAUACAAUGGCCCAGUUUAUAGUUUAAACCAAACAGAACCUAGCAAGCCUGUGCUUAGCCAUGGACACUCCAAUUCAGACAGUGGACGUUCAUCUUCUAGCAAAAGUACAGGUUCUCUUGGAAGUCGCAGUCAACCAGGUAUAUCGGACAUGGGAUCGGGUGGACCUUCUCCUCCACCAAUUGAGGCUUAUGAGGCCAUUGUGAGAGACUUGGAGGAAAAAUUGAGGGAGAAAGAGCUGGAACUACGGCACCUGAGAGAAAACCUGGAUGAGAAUGAGGUGGCUAUCUGUCAGGUGUAUGAAGAGAAGCAGAAACGCAGCGAGCUAGAGAUGGAAGAAUUGCGACAGAGUUGUGCCACUAAAAUGCAGAAGGCAUCACAGAAGGCCCAGCGGGCCCAACAGCUCCUUCAGUUCCAGUUCUUUCAGCUUCAGCAAGAGAAAAAGAAACUUCAAGAUGACUUUACGCAAGUCCUGCAGCAACGUGAGCGGCUUGAGGAACGAUGUGCCGCCUUCGAAAGGGAACAUACACAGCUGGGACCCAGACUGGAGGAGACCAAAUGGGAGGUGUGUCAGAAGACAGGCGAGAUCUCUUUGCUAAAGCAGCAGCUGAAGGACUUGCAGGCAGACCUGUCUCAGCGAGUGGGAGAGGUGGUGACACUACGUGGGCAGCUGCGGGAGGUGCGGGCUGAGCUUCAGAAUAGCCAAAGCCAACUGCAGGAGGCACACACGCAAACACGCACUCGAGCCCUCGAGCUGGAGGUGUGCGAGAAUGAGCUACAGCGGCGCAAGAGUGAGAAUGAUCUGCUAAGAGAGAAAAUGAGCCGUUUGGAGGAGGAGUCUAUGCGGCUCCACCAGGCUUUGAACGAAUAUGCUGAGGCUCCACCUCUCAUGCAGGAAUCAGGUUACAGAGGAGGAGCAGGCAGUGGUGCAAAUAUUGAGGAACAAAGGCUGGCAAGUGAUGGUGAAGAGUUCAAAGGUCAACGUGAGGGUUCCAGGCAGCAGGUGGAGAGGAUGAAAGGUGAGCUGGCUCGUCAGAGGCAGCUGGUCGAGGAUCAGGCGGCAGCGUUUGAGAAUGAACGCCACUGCUGGGAAGAAGAGAAAGACAAAGUCAUUCGUUAUCAGAAGCAGCUGCAGCAGAACUAUGUUCAGAUGUACAGGCGCAACCGUGAGCUCGAGGCAGCCCUACGUGAGCUCAGCCUCGAGUUGGAGAAACGGGAGCAAGACGACGAGAGCAGCGGCAAUGAGGUCACCUUUGACGAUGUUGCUGCAACCGAGAUAUAACAUUCUAGCAUUGCUUAUUCACAGUUACAUAUUUAAUCAAUGCCCUGUUGACCCAGGCCAUCACUUUUCAUUUCAUAACAAUAACCAAAUACAAAUAAAUGGGAUUCAGUUGGAUUCACUUGCACUAAAACGUGAAGCAGCCAUCUACCAAUAAACUCAAAAGAAGAGUUGGAAGAAGAUCCACACUUGUUAUUUUUUUCUUACCUGUAUUCUGAGAAAUCCCACCUUCUGAAACAGGAUUUGCUAGUAGUCCUGUUGUCCUUGUACAAGGAGUUCACUGACUAGAAAGAUGAAAUGCCAGAAUGUGGAAGGUGCAGAUAUAAUGAAGAAAAGAGAUUUAUCAGAAUAUUGGUAAGGAAGUGGUAAUGCUUCUCUUUUGCUUCUCAAUAUCUAUUUUUGCUUUAAUUUCUAUAGUGAUAUAAUCUGACUAUCCAAUUAGCGGAAAAUUUGCAGUCAACCUGAAUUACUGUAAGUAAGCCUGGUCAUGGUGUAGCCAGAACCAAUCCCAGGAACAAUGGGCAGGACACAUACAUACUGGAUGUAACACCAGAUCAUCAUGACACCAUUCACAAACACAUUUGACAAAUUUCUCUACAAAGUCACCUUUUGCUAAUUCUAACAUAUUAGCAAUGUAAGUAAUGUUUAUAGGUACAGAUUUCCCAAAGCCCCAGCCCUUACUAUCUGAUCCACCUGAAUUAAAUGCCAGUGACUAAAAUCAUAUUUAAGGUUACAUGUCUAAACAUUUUAAACCCUUUUAAUUCAACAUAAUCUCCUGCCAGCAUGAGAUAAGCUCUAUUUGGAAUAGUCUAAUUACAAAUAUUGUUUUGUAUCACUUUAUUUAUUUAAAAAGCUGCCUGCCUUUCCAGUGCUACACUAUUAUUAUCAUAUUAAACAUAAUUUCACAUAUACAUGACCCUGAAUUGGUUAUUCAAUGUUUGUAUUUUAUUAUAUUUAGGUCAUGAAUAUGUCACAUUUAAUGUGACUAUAUAAUGUAGGCUAACUCAACUCAACUGUCUUGAGUUGCUCUCUGUACAGUACAUCAUACAUGUGUAUAGUUGAAGUUUAUGUCUCAUGAGACUAGUUAUUGUACUUGCCUCUGUUUGUUGCGUGUAAUGCAAUCAUGCGCAUGUACAGUUUGUAGGCUGUGGAACUAAAAGUUACGCUAAUUAAAUAUCUCCUUAUCGAAUGGUGUCUCAGGAGACAUCACUUCAGCAAUGUACACCUGCUUUGUCUGACAAUUGAAUGUUUUAUAAUUGAUUCAAGAGUCACUUAAGUGCACUUUGUGUGUGAAGAGAUUGCUUGGUUUGAGUGUUUAUCCCACUCCAUCAUAUAUCAGUUGAAAAGAUCUCCACCUCACGUUGAAGUCUCAAAAACCAGAUCACAAAACAAAACAAAACAAAACUCGGUCUUCCCAUAGCAAAAGCCAUGUAUGUAGACAUUCGCAUGUGUAUACACAUGCAUACAAGUAAGGUUUAAAGAUUCUUUGAAUACUGAACUGUCUCUGCUGUGGAAAUACUUUGUUUAUAUGGUUCUACAUGUAACUAAGUAUUUUUUCUUCUUUGGUAGAGAAAAUAAGAGACAUAUAACCUUUUCCAGAAGCAUUUCCAAGCUGGAAAACUAUUUAGCAGGGGUGGACAUAUCAGUAACCUGGGUGCCUGGGACAAGUAGAUUUCAUCUUGGCUAUUAAUAUUUUAGUCAUAGUGUACAAGUUGGUUUAACAUCUAAAUACAGAAUAAUGCUUACUCCUGACUUCGACAAUUCAAAUGUUUUCAUGUACUCGGCAAGACCAUCCUAUAGCUCUCCUGCUAGCACAACAUUCAGUCCCCUCACAUUUUAGAUGUCUAAAGGAAGUAGACACUAAUUAAAUUCAAAUAGAGCAGAACAUUAAAUAUUAUAUAUGAAAUGUUGGUUAAUGACUUUCUGACUUUUUGUUGAGACCUGAAACCCUGAUGUGCUAUGUGAUCAACUCCUUUAUUUAUUUCACAGUCGUUCUUUAAGAACUUAACCUAAUUCUAGCUAACUAACGUUUUUACCUAGUCAAUUUGGUUUCCAGGCAACCAGAACAUGCUAGGAAGCACAUUAAAGAUUUUACUUACCUGUUGGUCUGGCUAAGGGUUUUAUGAUUUGUCCACUCCUGUUGUAGGAUUCUAAAUAGACCACUACCAGAAAUGACCUCGGUUGACCCUAAACAGUUAACUUUAGAACUUUAGAACAAUUAGAACUUCACUUACAGUAAAUGUUCCUGGAUCAACAGUCCAUAAAUGAAAAUUCCCUAUUAAACACUGACCGAGCUCAGUGACUCAGUCCAUUUAAAAUUCAUGAAGCUAUGGACAGCCACUGAAGUGAAGACUUUGUAUUAUUAUUCAGGAACUCAUUCUACCACAGAUAUAUAUGGUAAAAACAAUCCUACUUAGUUUUAUGACCUUAGAUUAAAAAACUACCCAAAAGCUUGGUGCCUUCUAUGUGAAAUAUGCUUCUGGCUUAGGAGUGGCAUGAGUAAAAGGCAAAACAUGUUGACAGUAACUGGUUCAGGAACAUGACUCACUAAAAGAACGUAAUAAUCCAUAAUACAUGCAAGACUUUAAAACUGAAUCACCAGUGGAUGUCUGUUAAGAGAUGGACACAAUUAACACUUACAAAAUAAAUUAGCUAUGGUGACAAUCUUUUUUUUUAAAUGUAGAAGGAAAUGCAAAUGAGAGUAUUUUCUUGGGAAAACCCUUCAAAUAUACUAUAUUAAGUGUAGGGUUUGGUAAUGAUAAAGGAUAAAACAUUUAAGUUUAUACACAUUAUUAUGUUAUGGGGAUGAAUGAUGGAUUACACCUGUUAAGUGAUGGUACUUUAUGUAAACUUAUUUUAAGAAUCGACGGAGUAGACAUAAUAAAUGAAAGUAAACACGUAUUUGUACUUAAGUACAUAUGCAAACAUUCAUUGUUUGUUAGUUCAUUGUGUGGUAACGAAUGCCAUAAAUCAUGUUAGCUAUUUAUGGAAACUAAAAUAAUUAAAAACAUUUUGCCAGUCAGACUUUUCAACUCUCUUAUAAUAUUCAAAUUCCUAAAUAUAAUGAAAUGUCUAAAGAAAAGUUAAAUGUGUAUUUAAGCACAAAUUCCCCCAAAGAGGCCAUUUUAUAUACUGUGAAUCGUCUUCUGUCAAAACUUUGCAUAUUCCCAAAAUUUGCUUGCCAUGGUUAAAUCUUUUCACCACAAUAAAUAUCACUUAAGGUAAAACUUAAGAUAUAAAUAGAAAAAAACAAGCAUCUUAAACUCGAUACUUGUAACAUACCUGUACAUAGACACAAUUUAGAUAUUUGGUAAUAUAUUGUUGUGUAAUAUAGAGUAGUCACUGUGAGUAGACCAAAGCAUUGUCACGUACUUGACGUGGUUAUUUUUUGUCGUUAAUGUGGUGAAAGUGUCACAGAGUGUGAGUGCUAUAUAUAUAUAAUAAUAAUUUUUUAACUAUAACAGUAUUUGUAUGAAGCCAUGAUAUUGUAUUUUUUUCAUGCUGUAUAAUUCUGACUGUUUUUAAUAAAAAUUAAAAAUAAAAUACCUGGCAAAUAAA